UUGGCUGCCCCGGGGCUAGCCGUCCACUGAUUGGCCACGACACGGCUAGGCGGAGACAACGUUCUAUGUUAUGCUUGGAUCGGGGAAGGUCGUGUUCCUAGUCAGACGGGAAGUGAGGGAGAUCGGACGCACGGGAUCGUCACUCUGACAACGGGGACACUGUGGCUGCUGUGUGCCCGCUUCUGUAACACCACCUGCCCGGUCGCCGCCGAGUGGAGAAGGGCGAGGAGCCAGCUGUGUGUAGAGAAGUCUCGCAGUGCAGACAGAAACUCCAGUCCUCCUCACCACCGCCUGCCGCCUGCUGCCCAGGGGAUUCAUGUUGGUUUUGGAUCUUUACUGGCUCAUGCAAACACAAUCUUGCAAACUAAAGAGAGGAUCACAAAGGACAGUGAGAACCUUGAGAUUUGGAAAAGAAGUGAAGGUGUUUGAAGGAUCAGCUGAAAGGUGACAUAAAAUUGAAGAUGGGUGGAGGUGAGAGAUAUAACAUUCCUGUUCAGCAGCAUAGACAUGGUCUCAGUAAACAGAGUUGGCAAAAAUUAUUAGAGCGGAAUAAUCAGAAGAUAAACACUUGUCAUGCUAAAGACAGAGGUCGUGGUCCAUCGGGUCUAGCAUGGCAGGCCAUGCAGAACAGAGCAAACAAGAAUCGAUCCUCAAACCAGAACUGGAAUUCUGGUUUCCCUGGAUCCAACAACCUCUUCAACUGUCAGGAUAACCAGAAUUAUGCUGGUGCCAAAUUCAGUGAGCCACCAUUACCAAGUGUUCUUCCAAAACCACCAAGCCAUUGGGUACAUCUGUCAUGUAGUCCUGCCGAAAAGGAAUUGAUGUCCUUCCAGCUCAAAACACUGCUGAAGGUCCAGGCCUGAGCAGUAUGGGCAUGUUAACAGAGCAUUUACAGAUAAUUUAAGAGCUGCAAGUUGAAGACUCACUCUAACUUUUUUUUUCUUUUUCUUUAAUCUUUAUGCAGUAAGGCACAUAAACCAAUAUGGGACUGGAUUCCUCUACCUAAAAUAACUCGGGAGUUAGACUGUCCUAAUGUUUGGAGAAACUUCUGUGAAGACUCCUGCAUUGGAAGCACUUAUUCACAGCAUGAAUUGUGCAUAUCACACUGUAUUUCUUUGGUGUCACCACCUACCCAAAUUAAGUUUGUUAAAUACUUUGCACUUGAGUUUAAAUGGAGAAGGCAUUGAAAGCUGGUUUGGAGUAAGGAGCUUCUUCCAGCUAGCCUUUACAUAUGGUUUUUUUAUAUAUAGCUUCUAUUUUGGCCAACUUGUUUGCUUUACUGUAACAUAGCUUGAGUAGCAGUCUUGCCUAUUUCCCCAUAUUUGAAUCCUUUCACAUUAGAAGUUAAAAUCUUCAAAGCACUAAUCUGCUCCUUGAUGCCACAAAAGCUUCCCCCCCCCCCCCUUUUUUUUUUUUUUUUUUGUGGAGGCUUGAUGGGUGGGCAUGCAUUAGUGUCAGUCUGAUCCUCCCCACACUGGUUUAAUUAUCGUAUAGAAAUAUUUGAAAUAGUGUGCCAAUUAAAUUGCAUGUUUGCACUGCCAAAUAUUACAUUGGCUGAACUUGUGGCCUUCAGCAGACUACUUUGCCACCACUUAAAUAGCCCUUCUGAAUUGGUAGUAUGUUCAAUUUGUCAUUUCUAACAAAAUUAAUUGUAUACUGGCACAGGAUUGUGCUGGUUUCCCUUUAACUUGACAGUUUUACUGUAGUUUACUGUACAGUUUAGGUUUCUCCUUAUGCCACCUUCGAGUUCUAUCCGAUUCCUAGCACUCAGAUAUGUCUCCAUCAGGGACUGGGUGCUCCAUAGUUCUUAUGACUGAAGAAAGUGGUUGAUUCUAAAGCUAUUUUUCAUAACGUGGCUAUUGAAAAUGCAAGAUUUUGCCUCUACAAUUUGGCAAUUUUGGCAGUGCACCUAUGUAUGGUAGCAUUGCUUUUGCACAGUGUAUUAUUAUUAUUUUUUUAACUAUAAGAGUGAGAUGGCAACUCUUCAACCGGCUGCUCUUUUAUUUGUCUUCAAGCUAGCAUGUAAUCAAUGGAACCUUUGAGUUCUGUAAAUACUUGUAAAAGUUGUAGCAUAUGUAAAUGGAUGCAGGAAAUCCUGCACAAAGUAUUUUUUAGUACAAAACUGCUGAAUGUAGUCAUGCAAAAGCUGUGACUUCACAUGACUAUUUUGUUAAAAUAAAACACAUACAUGUAUGUGUGGGUGUAGCCUUUGCACAAAGUGCCAGUAUAAAUAUGUACACGUUCUCGUGUUAUCAGUUGUAACUGGUUCAGUAGUGGGAUUGGUGCAAAUGAAACAUUUUAAUGAUGCUUUUAUAUAUAAACUUAAAAAAAAAGAAGAGGAAAAAAAAGCUGCUGAAAUCUGAGAACACAUUGUUUUUGCAUAAAUAGAUGUAUUUUUGAUAUUUUUACAGUCCGAGUACUCCCACUACUUGGUCUAAUUGUGAAAAUGUAAAUAGAUAUAACCUGGUAUAGUAAUUGGAGUAUGUACAGUAUGUGAAAUGUUGUGCAGUUGGCAUAAAUUAGAACUGUAUUGCACUGUAUAGGCCUUCAUUCCAUGGCAGUAUUCCAAAUCCAUGUUCAAAUGGAUGCAUAUUGUAGGUGGAAUAAUGACAAGCCCAAACUGACUGCUAUAGUACUUUCAACAACAGCCUUACCUCUGCCAUCUUGGAUUCCUGUUUUCAAGAGACUGAACACUCAUUCCUAUCACUGCUUAUCUAAAAUGGAUAGCCUCCUUUCCCAAAAGACUUUGAAUUCAUUAAUAGUGACUACGCUCAUUCAUGUAAAUCAUGAUCUGUGAAUUGUCCUGUACAUUUGUCAAACCAUGUCAUAAUCCAUGUAUGUCCACAAGUGUUACUUUAAGAAUAUUCAUCAUCUGAAGACUAUCUUUGUUACAAAGGCUUUUGUAACUUGUUUACACAAGUGGGUUGCAGUAGUACCUAUUUGAAAGAAAAAAAAAACAUCUCUAUGCUCUUAAUUAUAGGUGUGUUCUGAGAAUACCUUGUGAAAUGUACAUUACAGAUGUUUGAAAGUAGUAUAUUGGCUUGUAUACAUGCGUCUUUUUGAAUGUUCUAUGCAGAUUUUCAAUGUUUAAACUGAAUGCAAAAUGUGCUUGCAGGUGCUUUUGUAAUUUGACAGCUUUCCUUCAGGUAUAGUCUAUAAUCUGUGCUCCCAGUAGAGAUGGAAGGUGCAUCAUGACAUUUUAUAUAUUAUAUAAUUUGUUUUCAUUUAAAGCUGCACCAGUGCCCAAGAAAAGAUGUUACGAAGGUGCAACACCUCCUCCUUUGGACUAAUUACAUGUCAUAAUCUCUCACCCGGGUCUAGAAGUGAAAGCAAAGUCCCUGGUGUCUGCUUUGUGCAGCCGGUUAUUUCGGAGUGCUUUGGUUCCUCUUACAGAGCUGUGCGAUUGUGACUUGUGAUUGGGCCUCCUGCUCACACACCCCAUCCAGCACAGUGUAAAGCUGCUGAAUUACAAUACUUUCUAUUACAAACUGGCAGCUCACUGGUGGGUUUUUUACAUAUUUUAAAAGUUGCACCCAUUAUUAAUAACACAAGUGCAGCAAUACUGAACAUGGGAACUUUUAAAGAAAAUAGGCAACCAAAAAUUACUCGUGUAAACAAGCCAAUAAUUAUUAGCCCUCUGUAUGAGCUCAUGUUCCAGAUGGUCUUUACAAUCUGAUAAAAAUAAAAUAUUUUAAAUGGAAAUGCAUUAUGGGAGAAGUAGUAGUUGCUAAGCUUUACUUGCAAUGUUUGGAUUGCUGAUUUCUGUUAAACUUGGCCCACUAAAAAAAUAUCUAUGCAUUAAUUCGCGUCAGGGUUCCCUCACUUUACAUUUGAGUUAGCCAUGGUGCCUACAUAGCUGUGUAGGAGCACUACACUUGUGAACAUUCCAUGAGUUUCUGUGGAUGCACUCCUUUUGCCACUUUAAAAUGCUCACCUUAAAGUGUUUACUACAGACCAUGUAUAAUCCUGUAGACGGCUGUCUAUUUGGCAUCCGUAAUUGAACACGAAAACUGAAUGUGACAAAACUAGUGUGGCACACUUAAGGUAGAUCCCUCGCCAUAGUACAUGUUAAGGAAAUCAUGCUUACAUGUGAAGGGCAUAUUUAUGGUUGUUUUGUACCAUUUGCAGUGUAAUCGGGUGAUCAUUUCCAUUUAAAAUUGUUCUGACAAUGUACUGAUACAUAUAUUUUUUUUCUUGAAGUAUUUCUUUUGGCAAGCAUUUCUUGAAUACUGCUGUGCUGUAUUCAUUUGUUAAACUGUAUGAAACUGUUCACAAUGUGAUAUGUAUGUAAAUCCAUCUAUUUAUACACAAAGAAUGUGUCAGCAGCACUUAAUGGCUACAGAUCUGAGAAUUAUGGAGUUAAAAAAAAAAAAAAUUUCAAUUGGUAUUUUCUGAUAGUUCCCAACUCUCCAUAAUAAAGUCACAGAAAAAAUGUCCAAAAUGGAUUGGCUUAAAUAAAUUUUAUGAAGUCUAACGUGUUUUAACACGCUUAAUGUGAAUCAAAAAUAAAAUUAAUCUUUAACCCCCCCAA